AUGGCAUAGCAAGGAAAUCCCCGAUCACAGUUACUCUAUGACAAGCAGGCUCAACAUUGGACGUCUGCAAGUUUGAUUUAUAUCGAUGAUAUUGCUUUUUAUGCAAAAAGAAACGUUCUGGCUCACGACUGUGGUUUGAGUACUGAAUUAUCUACAAAGAACUUGCCGAUAAAUUGACAUUCUGAAAACUUUCUAAAAUAAAGGACAAGAGCCAUACAAUGGCAUUUAUUUCCUUUUGUCUCCUUGCUUUUGCUUCCAGCUUUGUGGGCACCUGGUGUGCCACUUCCCCCUCUGUUAUAGCAAAUUACUCUGGCCAGGGGUUAAGCACAGUACCAUCAAACCUAUCAUCAUUGACAACCAUAUUAGAUUUAUCUUUCAACUUCAUACACGCCUUGGAAGACGCAGACUUCAGCUACAUGUCUGAGCUAAGACUCCUAAAUUUGUCUCACAAUGCACUUAAUGAACUGGACUGCAAGAUUUUUGAAUUCAACAAAAACUUAGAGUUCGUGGAUCUUUCCAACAAUAGCCUGAAGAACAUCUCAGGUUUGUUUCCAAAGGCUCUCCGCCAUCUUGAUAUUUCUUUCAAUGAUUUCAAAACCAUGUCUGUCUGCGAAGGGUUGUCAAAUCUAUUGCAACUGGAGUAUUUAGGCAUUGGUGCAGCUGAAAUUAAAAAGUCAGAUUUUGAGACCAUCACACAUCUACAGCUACGGUAUGUGCUCAUUGAAUUGCAGAGACUCUCUGGUUAUGAAGCCGGCAGUAUAUCCAUGUUAAACACAGAACACAUUCACAUCAUUCUACCAGGUGGUACAUUUGACCCAUACAGUGUUCUUAUCGAUGCUGUCAGGACAACCAAGUCUUUGGAAUUGUCCAACAUAAGCGGUUGGCAAUUAAAAAACGAAUCGGAGAAAUAUAUGGCAGAUAUCGCCAAUAACUCAAUAGUAACUGAUUUAACCUUGAGUCACAUUAAAUUAGAUUGGUUCCAUCUAAUAAAAGCUCUGCAGUGCAUCUGGCAUUCUUCUGUGGAAAAACUAUACAUUUACGAUCUCAAUCUGUUUGGUUUCGUCACUAAAAUGGAUUUUGACUAUUCGAACACUUCAAUGAAAGAAUUUGUGGUAGAUAAAGCUUCAACAACGGUUUUUUUAUUCAAUCAAGAAGAUUUAUAUCGAAUUUUUGCAGAAAUGAACGUUGAAAAUCUGAGUGUAAUCUCUGCUAACAUUAUUUUUAUGGUGUGCCCUUUGAAACCUAGCACCAUUCAGAACAUACACUUUGAAGAUAAUGCUCUCCCUGAUAAAAUAUUCAGCAACUGCAACACUUUGACCCAACUGAGAAGCCUAAAUUUGGCACAAAAUAAACUAGAAAAAGUGUCAAAAAUAAGUGAAAUGACACAAAAUAUGCCAUCUUUAAAAUAUUUAGACAUUAGCACUAACCCUCUGCACUAUACUGGGGAGGUCUGUCACUGGUCCCAGAGCAUUAUUUGGCUAAAUUUGGCAUCAUGUGAUUUAACUAGUUUAAUUUUUAAUUGUUUGCCAAAAUCUCUCAAAACCCUCAUUCUGAAGAAUAAUGAUAUUACACAUAUUCCCUUGGAAAUGACCAAGCUGGAGAAUUUAAAACUACUAAAUCUUGCUUUUAAUCGUAUGUCUGAUCUCCCCGACUGUUCCUUUUUUACAAGGCUUGCGGUACUCAAUGUUCAAUCUAACAUAAUUUCUUCUCCAUCCCGUGAAUCUAUCAAAAACUGCCAAAGAGUGAAAGAGUUAAACGUAAGACACAAUCCGUUCCAGUGUGAUUGUGAUCUAAAAAACUUUAUUGACAUUGAAAAAAUGUCACCUGGAAAAUUAAUUGGUUGGCCGGACAGCUAUAUUUGUGAGCAUCCUGAAGAUUCCAGAGGGAUCAAUCUUAAAAAUAUAGACAUUCCAAUAGUAUACUGCAAUGUUUACUUACUGAUUGCAAUCAUUGUAUUGCCAAUAAUGUUUAUGGUGGCUCUUCUUUACUGCCUCUGUAAGUACUUUGAUGGCCCAUGGUAUUUAAAAAUGUUAUGCCAGUGGACACGAACAAAGCACAGAGUAAGGAGAAAGAAGAAUGGGUAUGAAGAACUACAAAAGGAGACGGUAUUCCACGCCUUCGUAUCGUAUAGCGAACAUGACGCAUCCUGGGUGAAACAUACUCUAUUGCCAAACUUGGAAAAAAAUAAUGCUUCAAUACGGAUCUGCCAACAUGAACGAAAUUUUGUCGCUGGCAAAAGCAUCGUUGAGAACAUUAUCAACUGCAUUGAUAAAAGUUACAAAUCUAUCUUUGUCUUAUCACCAAAUUUUGUCCAGAGUGAAUGGUGUCACUAUGAGCUAUAUUUUGCUCAUCAUAAGUUAUAUACAGAAAAUACGGAUAAUCUCAUCCUUAUUUUACUUGAGCCCAUUCCUCAGUAUCUGAUUCCUUCAAAAUACUACAAACUAAAAACUCUGAUGUCGCAGAGGACAUAUCUGGAGUGGCCGAAGGAGACAGGCAAACAUGGUCUAUUCUGGGCUAAUUUGAGGGCAGCUAUUAAUGUUAAUUUGCCGGACCCAGAAAGUCAAAGCAGUUCUUCUGUGUCAGAUGUAAGCUCAUAAAUAUGUUACAAAUAUGAAACGAUUUAUUAUCCCAACAUCAGACAUUUUGAUUUAAUCAUAUCUUGACAUUCAGGGUAUAUAAUAAAAAGAAAGUGUUUAUCUUCUUCUUUUUGGCAGUCAACACAUUUUAAAUGUUUUUCUUUACAAAUUUUCUUUUACAUAUAUGUUAUGUUCUUGUUUUUUUGUACACUAGGUUAAAGGUGUAUUUUGUAAGAAUACACAUGCAGUUAUGAAAUAGUUUAUUUGUAUGAUAACAAAGGUUUCUAGUAGCUUUUAAAUGGUAUUGUAUGCCAUUGUCAUUGACCAUUUAAAGAGAUCAACACAGGUCUUUGGGACGUUAAAGUUGACAUGUGACAUGUUUUAUUGGGUCAUUCUAUUUAAAAUUUGCAAUUUGAUUGGUUUGUAUUUCUACUGUAGCACAAUAGACAGAACAUAUUAUCUUAAUAUAAUAUAUGAAAACU